AGAGAAAGAAAAGAAUGCGAAACAACUAGCAAAGUACACUACACUUCACAAAAACAAAACAUUCCAACCACAUCUACUCUUCAUCUCCGCUUCUUUGUCUUUCUCAUUUUCCGACCAAAUUUCUCAUUCUCCGGCAAUGUCUACCAACGCCGAAUCUUCGCCGCCGCCGCCGGUCAUCGGAAAAAUUGGACCGUACACUGUUUUCAUGACGCCGCCUUCAACCCCUAAACCCUCUUCUUCCGAACCAGUUACUCCUACUACUCUUCAUUCACCAAACAUCAACAAUGGUAACCAUCACGCUAAGAUCCUUCCUCCUCCACCUCAGAUUCAUAACCCUGUACCGUCUUCCAAAACCCUAUCAUAUGAUUCUUCUUCGUUUGUUGGAUUUUUCAAGAACGCUGUUAACAAGGUUCAAACCGCUCAUUCAAGUUUGGAUGAGCAUUUGGCUCGUUGGUUUGGGUUGAAUCAGUCGAAGUAUCAAUGGGCUCUUGAUGAUUAUUAUGAGACCAACGGAACGGCAAAAGGAGAUGUAAAAGUGAAAGAAGUAUCAAGCAAAGUACAGAAUGUUUGACUUGCCUAGUGCUGAUGAUGGAUUUAAUCAAAAGUGAGACGCGAAGACUCUUGCUUUGAGUAUAUUUAUACCUUCGUACUUACAUGUGGAGUAGACAAACAAAAAUUCUUGUGAUAUGUUCAAGAGUUAUUUGAUCUACAACCAUUGAUCUUCUGAUUCAAUGCUUUUGUUCUUGUAUUGUAUCGUAUUUGUAUUCGAUUGUAGUUUAAGUAGUGUUUCGAUUUUCCUUGCCUAGGAGCUGUUUUUGUAUUUGCAUUUGGUUAAGGAAAAACAUUGUUACUUGCAUUCUUAUGGCGACAAUGUUAUUAUCUCCAGAAACAUUUUGUAUGCCUUAUGAAAUGACAGGGUCUGAUUUGGAUCAUCUGAUAAUUUUAUUAUUUUUUGUCAAA